UUGUUUGAAGUAAAAAAGAAACCAGAAAGGAAAAGUACCCAUUAAUUUUCUUUGGAAGGAAGCUGAAAUUCCAUAUCCAAAUACAAAUAUGUGUAUGUAUAUAUAAAUAUAGGUUAGGGAGAAGUUGGGGGAGAGCUGUGGGUAGUUUGACCUGUGGCAUAUAACAGCGAAGAGAUCUGUUCUGCUCUCAUUUAUUCCUUUUUCUUGUCUGAAGGAGAACCAGCCAGGAAGUAUAUAAAAUAAAAAUACAAAUAAAUUAAAGAAAAGGGAAGAAGAAGAAGAAGGAGCAACAGGACCAACAGAUAGUGGACCAACACCUUACGCCAAGAGAAAUGGUUCAACAAAUUCUCUUUUGUUUGCUCUCAGAUUCAAAAUGCUGAUUGAAAAGCUGUUACAUGAGAGACUUGCAUAGAAUAUGUUGAGAAAUGAGGCUUAGGUUAAAGAAAUGGGGUGUGUAUUGGGACGAGAGGUAUCCUCAGGCGUAGUGUCUGAGUCCAAAGAGGCAAAACACUUGAGGGUUGAAUCUAACAGGAAAGUAGACAAUGUUUCAGUGGCAAAGGUUGAUACUAGUAAUGUAGAGAUUCAAAAUGAGGAGACCCAUAAGGAGGAGAAGGCUGAUGGGGACAGAAAAACAAGGGGGGAAAGAAGAAGGUCGAGGCCAAAUCCAAGGUUGGGCAGUCUGCCAAAGCAUUCGCGUGGAGAGCAGGUAGCAGCCGGGUGGCCGUCUUGGUUGUCAGAUGUGUGUGGGGAAGCUCUCAAUGGCUGGCUUCCACGGAGGGCGGACACCUUUGAGAAGAUUGAUAAGAUUGGGCAAGGAACGUAUAGCAAUGUGUAUAAAGCCAAAGAUAUGUUAACAGGUAAAAUUGUUGCAUUGAAGAAGGUUCGAUUUGACAAUUUGGAACCGGAGAGUGUGAAAUUUAUGGCUAGAGAGAUUCUCAUAUUGAGGACAUUGGACCAUCCCAAUGUUGUGAAGUUGGAAGGUUUGGUUACUUCAAGGAUGUCCUGUAGUUUGUAUCUCGUAUUUCAGUACAUGGAGCAUGAUUUGGCCGGACUUGCUGCAAGUCCGGCAGUCAAGUUCACAGAGCCACAGGUUAAAUGUUACAUGCAUCAACUUUUGUCUGGGCUUGAGCACUGUCACAAACGUGGUGUUCUUCACCGUGACAUUAAAGGGUCAAACCUUCUUAUUGAUGAUGGGGGAGUACUUAAGAUUGCUGAUUUUGGGCUGGCAACAUUCUUUGAUCCAAACAACAAGCAUCACAUGACAAGUCGGGUGGUUACUCUAUGGUAUCGAGCCCCAGAGCUACUUCUCGGGGCUACUGAUUAUGGUGUAGGCAUUGAUCUUUGGAGUGCAGGCUGUAUUUUAGCUGAGCUCUUGGCUGGAAGGCCAAUCAUGCCUGGUCGUACAGAGGUAGAGCAACUACAUAAGAUAUACAAGCUAUGUGGUUCACCUUCAGAUGAAUACUGGAAAAAGUCAAGAUUACCAAAUGCAACUUUGUUCAAGCCCCGUGAGCCGUACAGAAGAUGUAUAAAAGAGACAUUUAAGGAUUUUCCACCUUCAUCACUGCCCCUCAUCGAAACUCUUCUUGCAAUUGAUCCAGCAGAACGCCAGACUGCAACAGCUGCAUUAAGAAGUGAAUUCUUUAUGACAGAACCUUAUGCUUGUGAACCUUCUAGUCUUCCAAAAUAUCCCCCGAGUAAAGAAAUGGAUGCUAAACGAAGAGAUGAUGAAGCUCGACGGUGA